AUGACCAACAUCCGAAAAACACACCCAUUGAUAAAAAUCGUCAACAACGCAUUCAUCGACCUCCCCACUCCAUCAAACAUCUCCUCAUGAUGAAAUUUCGGCUCCCUGCUUGGCCUGUGUCUCAUCACACAAAUCCUAACAGGCCUAUUUCUAGCAAUACACUAUACACCAGACACAACAACCGCCUUCUCAUCAAUCACACAUAUUUGUCGAGACGUUAAUUACGGCUGAGUAAUCCGAUACCUACACGCAAACGGAGCCUCCAUAUUCUUCAUCUGCCUCUACGCCCACGUAGGGCGGGGCCUAUAUUAUGGCUCCUACACUUUCCAAGAAACAUGAAACAUCGGAGUGGUUCUGCUAUUUACAGUAAUGGCCACCGCAUUUGUAGGCUACGUCCUACCCUGAGGCCAAAUAUCAUUCUGAGGAGCAACCGUCAUCACCAACCUUAUAUCCGCAAUUCCUUAUAUCGGCACCACCCUAGUAGAAUGAGUCUGAGGUGGCUUCUCCGUAGACAAAGCCACAUUAACACGCUUCUUUGCCUUUCACUUCAUCCUCCCCUUUAUCAUCCUAGCACUGGCAAUGGUCCACCUCUUAUUCCUCCACGAAACAGGAUCCAACAACCCCAUAGGAAUCCCAUCCGACAUAGACAAAAUCCCAUUCCACCCCUACUACACAAUCAAGGACAUCUUAGGCGCCCUACUGCUAAUCUCAGCACUACUCACAUUAACCCUAUUCGCACCAGACCUAUUAGGAGACCCUGACAACUACACCCCAGCAAACCCACUAAGCACCCCGGCACACAUUAAACCAGAAUGAUAUUUCCUAUUUGCAUAUGCCAUCCUACGAUCCAUCCCUAACAAACUAGGGGGAGUCCUAGCCCUACUCCUCUCCAUUCUAAUCCUGAUACUCAUCCCAAUACUCCACACCUCCAAACAACGAAGCAUAAUAUUCCGACCCUUCAGCCAAUUCUUAUUCUGAACCCUAGUUGCAGACCUACUAACCUUGACAUGAAUUGGGGGCCAACCCGUGGAACACCCAUACGUAACCCUAGGCCAACUAGCAUCCAUCCUAUACUUCCUCCUAAUUCUAGUCCUAAUGCCACUGACUAGCCUCAUUGAGAACAAACUCUUAAAAUGAAGA